AUGUAUUUGUUCAGCUGCAAUUUUAGCCCUUCUGUUCUGUCCACUGCAACAUCUGGUAGGACAGGAUGUCUUUUGUAUCUUGCUUCACCUGACUCCACCAAUUGCUUGCUGAUCAGCAAGAACACAAUCCAAAAGAACACAAUCCAAAUCUGGUUGAAUGCUGAGAAGCUGGGUGUGCACAUGCUACAGGCCGACAGGGAGAAACCACUGCAGGAUCGCUACUGGGUUAAGGCAAACGUGUGGAUUGCAGUGUUCAGCUUCAUAGGGAACUAUUUCUGGACACACUAUUUCUAUAAGCUUCUUGGGGCAUCCUACACCUUCCCUGCGCACAGGCUGAAUGAUGUUCCGUUGUGCCUCUUCUUGAUGACACAUGCCUACUUCUCCUUCUACCACGCCAUUGCCAACGUCUCUAUAAGAUUCUUUCAGCAUGCUACACAGCGUUUUGGGUGGAUUUCUCAGAACGUCGUUGUGGCUCUGUGGAUCUUUGUUCUGUCGUACAGCACUGCCUUCAUGGAGACGCUCACGAUUGCCAACUUCCCAUAUUAUUCUUUUGUUGACCGGGGCCGCAUGUACACCGUGGGCUCUUUGUUCUAUGCGAUUUAUUUCUUUGUAUCCUUCCCGCUGUUUUACCGCAUUGAGGAGAAUCCCCGUGAGAAGUGGACCAUUUCGCAGUGCACAAUGGACAGCCUUGCGGCUGGAAUGCUGGUCACGAUGUUGUUGGACUUUUGGAAACUGGGCGUUGGCUCCAUCGUGAGCAGCUCCUUCGAGGGCGGGUUGGUUUGGAUUUGA